AUGAAACUAUCCACGUUGCUCACUGUUCUAAUAACUCACUUGGUUACCUUACAGGUAGUUGUUCAAGGUAUUAAUCUAAAUGCAACGAAAUUGACAUCACAAAAUGAUACUGUUCAUUUACAAGCAUUUCAAAACGUUAUCCCACACUAUAACGGCAUGCUAUCAAAUGAUUUAAAUAAUAGCAAUGCAAAUAUUAUCGGUAUGGAAAGGUUAAAGAAAACUCCAUUUCCCCCUUGGCUAACUGAAUUUACAGGUAUCACAGAAUGGCCAGGUUUAAACCCUCCAUAUAUACCUUUAGAUUUCAUAGAUAUGGCUAAAAUUCCAAAUUAUGCUACUUAUCAACAAGGUAAUUGUGACGCAAAUCCAAGAGAAGCUUGUUCCUUCGAUUGUGAUUACUGCGUAGAACCUGACGAUGUCCAUACUUGCUAUAAAUUAUCUCAAACGUUUGAUGAUGGUCCUUCUCCUGCAACCGAAAGAUUGCUUCAGCAUUUAAGACAUAGAACUACUUUCUUCAAUCUAGGUAUAAACAUUGUUCAUUACCCAGAUAUUUACAAAAAAAUGAUAGACAAGGGACAUCUAGUAGGUACUCAUACUUGGUCUCAUGAAUAUUUACCAAGCUUAUCAAAUGAACAAAUUAUUGCUCAAAUAGAGUGGUCAGUUUGGGCAAUGAAUGCCACUGGUAACCAUUUCCCAAAAUGGUUCAGACCACCAUAUGGAGGAAUAGAUAAUAGAGUGAGAUCCAUUACAAGAAUGUUCGGCUUACAGGCUGUAUUGUGGGAUCACGAUACCUUUGAUUGGAAAUUAGUUGCUAAUGAUCCAUCUCAAAGUGAAGGUCAAAUUUACAGAAACGUUAUGGAUUGGAUGAAAACUGGAAGAGGUUUAAUUUUGGAACAUGAUGGUGCUGAAAGGACAGUCGAUGUUGCAAUUAACGUAUAUGAUAUCAUUGGUAGAGAUCAAUUAACCGUCGCCGAAUGUGUGGGUGGUGCAGAUUACAUCAGAAAAUUUGAUUAUAACGGUGAAUUGUAG